AUGGAGGACAUACCCACCAUUGCCUUGAACAUUCAAGCAGGACAGUUGACUGGAAAGGUAGGUGUGGCCAAAAAUGCACCAAUUCUCCAUCUAAAGGAAUUGAUUGAAUUGGUAUUGGGUGUCAAAGCUAGCAGGCAGAUUCUCAACUUCAAUGGCCAAGUCUUGGACGACAAUCAAACCGUUGAAUUCUACAAUCUGAUUGGAGGUGCCACAGUGAUUUUUGCCAUGACACCACUUGCUGGAGAUCCCAAGUUCACUAUAAAGCUGAAAUCAGGCUCCAAGAAUUACACUGUGAAGGUGAAGGAGACUCGCUUGGUGGAGGAUUUAAAGGCCAAGAUUGGGAGGCACUGGGCUGUUCCUGCCACUGAUAUUAGUUUGACUUACCAUGGUCAAGAAAUGGAAGAUGGUUUUGCUCUGUCUGCAUAUAUGAUUUGUGAGGAUUCUGUUGUGGGAUUCAAAUUGAACAUUGAAGCUCGUUGA